CGUUAUUCAUAUUGAGAGCUUAUGCACCGUUCGUAACUGUUGCAUGCUUUACGGAUUCACUAAUAAUCCUAUUUAGAAAUGUGGAUUCGAUUUCGUGGAGCUGUCUGGUGGAAACAUAGAGAAACCUGCUUUUUCACAUCUACGAGAAUCCACCAGAAAGCGGGAAGCAUUCUUCUUAGAAUUUGCACAGCAGAUCCGACCAGUUUUCGAGAAAACUGUUGUAUAUCUAACUGGUGGUUUCCGAACAGCUCCAGCCAUGGUGAACGCUGUAUUCGAUGGAAUCACUGACGGUAUAGGUAUAGGAAGGCCAACGACGUCGGAACCCGACCUUCCUGCAAAAAUUCUGCACGGAGAGUGCCUUUCGGCUGCCGACGUUAAGUUGGAUCCGGACGACUACAUGAUAACAUCAACGGCCAGCAACAUGCAGAUGGCACAGAUGGGUAAAAGGCCAUCAUCUGAGAUGAAAAAUGUUUGCGAAGAUAUCGCGGAUUUGAGUAACCCGGAAGAAGCGGACAAUUUCAAGAAAGAAGCAGCAGAAUAUUAUAAAGAGAUGAAGGCGACAGCCGAACGUGGUGAACCUUUAUAUGGUGUGAUGCAGUAUAAAAAUAUUGUUGUUUAA